AUGCCAUCGCCUAUACUGUCGCCUGUUUCCGGAGAAUCGUCAUGUACUCAAGCACAACCUUGUAAGUCUGUUUUAAUUGCAUCAUUCAUUCAUGUUCUGUUCUUAUAUUUCUGACAUGGCAUGGCUGACAUUCAGUAAUACAAAGUAACAUUUAUUUUGUCCUAUACAUUCCUAGUGAUGAUGUCUACCCCAGUUGCAGACAAUAUUGUUCCUGGCAAAACUAGUGAACCUUGUGAGUCUCCUCCUAGUAAACGGCGGCUACUUUCUGAUUCUACGCUCAGAGCAAGUGAUCUCGCAAGGUAUAAAUAAAAUCAUCAUUCACUUCCACUGCAUCAUGUCAUGUGUUGACUUGUUUGAUCCUGUGAUCUGGGUCAUUAAUACACUAUAUAUUACCUAUAAAGCUUUGUUUCCUUCACUGGCGACCAAACAAUACAGUAUUGUAGGAAAUAUUUUUGUUGUUGUCAGCAUUAUUCUUUUAAAAUGCCUCAGUCAACUCUGUUAUUAACUCACCAGUUUGACUCAUUAAAAAAUAAACUUUGCCCAUUUAAAAAAAUAAAGGAGUUAGUAAUUAUAUAAAUCGAGCUACAGGUAAAAUCAUACAUCCAUGAUCCUUACUGUAUUUGACUGUCAAUAAAGGUAAAUUUUUGAGCCUGCAUUACUCAGCAUAUACUGAACCUGUAUUUGUAUCUAUUUAGGUUUCCAUGUAUGCAAUGUGCCCUGCCCAGACAAUUUUACUUGUCAAGAUAAAUUUGCAUGUUCAUGGACGAAACUCAAGGGUUACAAUUUUUUCUCCCUAUAGAAUGGAUAGUAUAAUUGAAACAACUGUUACUGCUACUAUGAUGAUUCAGAUUCUGAUGGUGAUCCUGACAAUUUAGAAUGUACAAAAGAAGGUUUUUGUUAUUUGGUGAUAAUGCUCUGAAUGCACAAAUGAAUGAUUUGAAACCAGAUUUAAUAUUCUGUGAGUAUGAUCUGGCCCGUAACGAUUUUAGAUUUAGUGAUCGAGUUGAGCACCAAUGCGAGAAACUGGUAGGGGAGAAACUGGUCACAUGCUUUACCAGAAAUUGUGAGAGCAGUUUAAAAAAAAAUUCAACAUAA